GUAUCUCUACCUGAAGCCGAGAUUUACAAGCACGAGGACGUUAUUCUAUGUUGUUGGCAUGUCUAUUGAUGAUCCAGCCGGCUACCCGAUCCUGAAAUUGAUGAAAACCGUGUUCACUCCAUCAAUGUUCGUCGCCAUUGCACACCUUAGCUACCCAGUGAGGAAGUUCAAAGAUUGUCGAAUAUUCCCGGUGGUCGUGGACAGUCUACCUUCGAACCUCACCCGUGGCAAAGAUUACACUUAUGGACACACAUUCAACGAGGCCAUGGCGGUUGUUCGGGAAGUCAAUAAUCUGAAUCUCUCAAUUCCACUUGCCGUCUCAUUCAGCUAUAAAGGAAUAUACUACGUCCCCCAAAGUUAUGCAAUACCGACAGACAGCAGUUACUACGAGUAUUUCAUGCCUUGCACAGACCACCCGCCGCCGUACUAUGCCGAUCCAAAGGAGUACUGUGGCGGCUACGUUUUUUAUGCCCGUUCUACAGUGGAGGGAUUCGCCUCUAACUCCGUUGAGAAGAGGGCAAUCACCUUCGUCACCGACCAGAUUGUGAAAAAAUUGGCAUGUGUUGCAAAGCAGUCUAACUUUGACCUAAACUUUGUUCUGGCUGCCUAUGAUGUGGAUUUCGACUCUUUGGGAACAUGUACGGAACUGGGUUUCUUUCCUCUUGACGGCACGUAUCCCCUCACGCGACUUACAAAGACGUUGUCGAAGAAGUUGCUGGCUAAAUUCGGCUUUACUUUGCCCGAUGAUAAGUUUUUCUGGCGCUGCAGAUUCUCAGUCUUUAAAGUAUGAACUAAAAAAUAAAAAAACCUUCUUCAAAUGAG